AUGGAUAGUAUCAAGCACUCUUCGUCUGUCCAGACCGCCAGUUCGUUCGAGCACCAAAUCGAGGAUGCCGAAGAUGCAGCAACUAUUGAGGCAACCAAGGGCGGCACCAAGGACGAUGAUUAUGACAUGCGUCGUAUGGGAAAGCUUCAAGAGCUCAGACGUAACUUCCGUUUUGUCUCCAUCUGGGGCUUCAGUCUGUUGUUGGGCAAUGCUUGGGUGGUCGCUCUGAUCUCCUCAAAUGUUACUCUCGCCAAUGGAGGAAUGGCCGGUGGUGUUUGGAUGUUCCUUAUUGUCGCGGUGGGAAUGUUCUUCUGCAUGCUUUCCAUGGCCGAAAUGGCAUCAAUGGCGCCUACAGCAGGUGGCCAAUACCAUUGGGUUAGUGAAUUCGCUCCACCGAAGUACCAACGUUUCCUUUCGUACAUAGUUGGUUGGAUGUGUGUUCUGGGAUGGCAGGCAGCCAUGUGUGCCAGCGCCUAUACACCAGCACUCAACAUUCAAGGUCUGAUCGCCCUCAACAUCGAAGGCUACACACUUCCUGGAUGGCACGCGGCUCUCAUGACCAUUGGAAUUGUCAUCAUCUGCAUCUUUAUCAACACUGUGGCCAUCAAAAAGUUACCGUUGCUCGAAGGCUUCAUGUUGUUGUUCUUCUUUUUCAGCUUCUUCACCAUCAUCGUCGUUCUCUGGGUCAUGGCUGAGAGAACUCCUGCAAAGAAAGUCUUUACCGAGUUCAGUGACAACAUGGGUUGGGGUAACGUCGGAUUGUCUACGUUGGUCGGCAUUCUAUCUCCAUUCACCACCCUUCUUGGCUCCGAUUCGGCUUGCCAUCUUUCAGAAGAGCUCAAAGAUGCAUCCUGGGUCCUUCCACGAUCCAUGGCAGCCACUGCCGUCGUCAACUAUGCUCUAGGGUUCGUCACCGUUAUCACCCUCAUGUUCACUCUCGGAGGGUCAGUUGAGUCCGUUCUCGACACUAAAUUCGGUCAAGGAUACAUUCAGGUCUUUUACAACGCUGUUCAGUCAAAAGCUGGUGCAUCAGGUUUGACAGCUAUUGUCUGUGUCCUGCUAUUCUUUACUGCCAUCAACCAAGUCACAACAACAUCGAGACAACUAUUUGCUUUUGCUAGAGAUGGCGGUCUCCCAUUCUCUGCUUUCCUUGGCCGAGUGCGACCUGGCAUGGACAUUCCUCUCAAUGCUUGCACUGUAACGGUGGUUCUUACUGUUCUCAUCUCUCUCAUCGUCAUCGGCUCGAACACAGCUUUCAACGUAAUCACCAGUCUGUCCAGCGUCGGUCUUCUGACCUCGUACAUCAUUUGCAUUGGAUGCAUGGCUCGCAAGCGGAUCUUGAAGGAGUCUCUCCUGCCUAGUCGCUUCAGCUUGGGUCGUUGGGGUCUCGCAAUCAACUUGAUCGCCAUCACCUUCUUGUCCUUCUGCUGGGUCAUGCUAUUCUUCCCAUCCAGACCUCAUCCCGAUGCCAAGGACAUGAACUGGACUAUUCUCAUCUACGGAAUUACUUGGAUUGCCGCAGUCGUUUACUACAAGUUCAAGGGCAAGUACGACUACGCUGGUCCCGUCGAGGGCAUUAGCAAGGACUACUAA